AUGUUUUUUGGUGCAAAAGGUGUACCAGAAACCAUUGUCAACAGCAAAGAUGAUAGAGGCAUCGUCGUCGGCAACUGGGGAGAAGACUUUAGCGGCGGCACUGAGCCCACAGGCUGGCACGGCAGUGCAGCUAUUCUCCAGCAAUUCUAUCGCACCAAGAGGUCGGUCAAGUUUGGCCAAUGCUGGGUUUUCUCCGGUGUAACCUGCACAAUUGCGCGAUGUCUCGGAAUUCCCUGCAGAGUGAUCACCAACUACCUGAGUGCACAUGACACCCACAACAGCAUCACCGUGGACCGGUUCUUUGACGAGGACGGCGAGCCGGUGAAGAAGCUGAACAAGGACUCCAUCUGGAACUUCCACAGCUGGGACGAAGUGUGGAUGAGCAGACCGGACUUGUCGGCGAGCGGUGCUUACGAUGGUUGGAAUGUGAUUGACGCCACGCCACAGGAGGCUUCCACAGACGGCACCUACCGCGUCGGACCGACCAGUGUGGAGGCGAUCAAGUACGGUGAGGUGACCCGACCUUAUGACGGUUUCUUCGUGUACGCUGAGGUGAAUGCUGAUGAGGUGUACUGGCUGUAUCGAGAGGACAAGAAGCCGAUGAAGCUGAUAACACACUCUACUGACACAAUCGGUGUAAACAUCUCAACCAAAGCCGAGCUAAAGGACAAACGAAUGGACAUCACCUCAAAUUACAAGCACAAGGAAAACAGCAAACAUGAGCGCGAAAGCAUGAUAAAGGCGCUGAAGAUGACGCGCAACUACUUCUCUCGUUACUACCUCAACGAGAAGUUUGAAGAUGUUCGCUUUGAGCUGCUGCCCAUGGAGGACCGACUCAUCGGUCAGUCAUUUGAGGUUCAAGUGCUCACCACCAAUCACAGCAAUAAGGUGUACACAGUAGAGAUGACGGUGCACGUCAGAGCAACGCCCUACAACGCUGAAGCGCAGAGUUGGCUUGUCAAACAGGAGCACCUGGUCAAGACUAUUGGUCCUAGGAAGAGAAGCGACGCUUCAGUGGUGGUAACAUUUGACGAGUACAAAAACCGCCUCUCAAGCCAGGCCAUAUUCAACGUCUCUGUGAUGACAAAUGUCCUUGAAACUGAUUACCAGUUUUACAUGUUCAGUGAUUACCGGUUGCGUCUGCCUGACAUUAAAAUAGAAACCGAAGGAGAAAUCAUCGUCGGGCGGCCCUUUACAUGCCACGUAUCCUUCCUUAACCCGCUCGCAAGACCACUAACCAAAGGCGUCUUUUCCAUCGAGGGACCAGACUACUCGACACGUGUCACUUUACCACUAAAAGGCAUUGUGCCGGCAAAUGAGGUGGCGAGCACCUUCGCCAUUCUCACUCCAAAGUCGGCGGGCAAGAAGCGCAUCACUGCCAAGUUUAAAUCGCUCGAGUUGAAUGACGUCGACGGAAUGGCGGCGAUUAGUGUGGCGGAAGACACCGAUGGGAAUAAUAACAUUGAGCGAAAUGUGAUAAUCGACGAUAACAACAACGAAGACGAACUGCCGGAGAAUGACAUCAACUAUACAACUCGCACUCAUCGCACCCGCCACUGA